AUGUCUUCUAUAAUCAUUGAUAAAUUAAAGGAAAUUGAGCAGUCGAAUAAAAAUGGGAACUGUGACUAUUACACAUCUAAAGAGAUAUCAAAUUGUGAAUUAAAGAGUAGAUCGGUCUGUCGGACACAGUCUAGAGAACAUACACCCUCCAUUUUAACAAACAAUGAUGGUUGUGAUUACCACCAAGAGUACCACACAGUCAAAGUUUGGGCAGGCAAGUUAAGAUCGCUCAAAUCUGAGCAAAGGCUGUAUGCCGAAAAAGCGAUAUACGAUGUAUUAUUUGAAGCACAGCUGGGAAACUUGAAUAAAUCCAGCGUGAAAAUUAAUAACAGAAUUUUUCAUACAAAACAGCCUCAUUCCAUAUUUAAUUCGUGUAAUAAUAACCCUUCAGAACGACCUAUUGAGAUAAUUGAUAACCAUUUACCAUCUUCUCAAAAUGACGAACAUGAAAAUCGUUCGUCAGAAAUUAUUAUUGCUGAGUCUUUUCCCACAGACAUUGGUGCUCUUUCAUCGGAGUGUCAAGUCACACUGGACGACAUACCGGAUUUAAACACUGAUACUGGGCAGAAAAGACAGAAGAAAUUCGUUGAUAUUGUGCCUUCAUUAGUUCUUCCAGUUUCUUCAAGAUCUCAGUCAUGGCCAUACGGUCAAACAGUUAGUGAAAACACUAUCGACAAAAAUGAUAGUGAAGAAACUAUAGACAAGAAUGAUUCUUUCUCUGGGACUAUUGCCACAAAUAUGCCAGAACAAAUACUGAUACAAUUGAGUAGUGACACGAAGAAUACAAUGCAAAGUUUCAACAUUAAAGAUUCUUCCGAAAUUCUUCCGCUGUAA